CUUUCUUCCUUUUCCAUUUUAUGUGGUAUCUCUAAUUCUUCUAGUGGGAUCUUAGAAUGAGAUUGUGAACAUUGUUUUCUUUACUGAUUUCAAAAUUGGUUGUGUUAUAUCUCUUGGUUUACUUGUAUCCUAGAUGAUUCUAGUUUUUUUUUUCUUGUAUUCAAAAUAUGAGAAUUGUUAACUCUCUGACUUGUGAUGAUUAAACUUUGUUUAAUUGGGGUUUCUCAUUGGCAUUGACUGCUGAAAUCUUCUGCAAUGAAUUUAUAUAAAUUAUACAUGAAAAGGGUUUUAGUGUUGUUACAUUUUUAUCAUUUAUUAUGAUGAGAAAGGGAUUUAUAUGCAGAAAUGAGUGAGACCUUUUGUGAUGUUCUUGCUGUCAUAAAAUCACAUAUAAACAACAAAGUAGGUUUCUAUAGAAGGAAAAAUAAUUUCACGUAAAUUAUAGACUUAUGGACUAAUCUAAUUAUCAAAGACUUCUUGGUCUCUCCUUAGCCAACUUCUCUUUGAACUGAGACGUGACCACUAGGAAUAUUCUUCAAGUCUUUGAAUAACAUCUUAUAGCAUAAUUUUCAUUAUCUGUCAAGCUGAGCAUCAUCAGGUUGCUUAAAUACAACCACUUCAUCAAGUCUUUUUCUCCUCUUUUCUAGAUAGUCUACUGCCGAACAACACAUGAAUAGACUGAGUGUAAAAAAUAAUUGAAGUUUAGAUCUACACUUGAUCACUAAACUAAUUUGAGAUUUUUCUACACAUAUAUACAUACCCUCUUAAAGAUUUCGUUCAAAGAUGUUUCAAGAUGAUUCAAACAAAAGUCUUAGGAGAACUAUCAGUAAUGGUUACUAUAUAUGGUGGAUGCAGUAAUUCAUUCCAUUUUAAUAAUUCUUAACAAAAAGAACCUCCGUUUCCAUAUAGCUUUGAACCUCUGUUUUAGCCAAUAAUUAUAUAUAUUUAUGGUUUUGGUAAGGAAUUUUGUUGCUUGAAUUUUGUUGAAGUUUGUAUCAGAGCAUUUUUAUCGACUCACCCUCAUUUUUGCAUAACCCAAUUAUGAUUUGAGCUUCUGAUUCUCUCUCAAUUAGUUGCAAUGCUUAUUUCAUUUUUAAAUUUAGGUUUGAUAAUAUACUUUGAAACGAAAGUAAGCUGUAAGUAGCAUGAGCUACUGUGCUGUUACUCGAGAAAUGUCAUAGUGCUACUGAGUUUAUAUGUUAAACUAUUUAGGCUAUAUACGACAUUGAUAAAACAUUAUGUAGUUUAGUUUUAAGGGGUAAUACACGGCAACACAUAGUUGUUGGUAAAUAACAUCGAGGUUGUAAAAAAUUAUAUAUUAUAACCAAUUAUAUUUUAUUAUUAAUUAGAUAUUUACACUAUUCACGGUAAAUUCAAGGAUCUGGUUUUUUUGGUACAACACUCAUAAAUUAAAAUCAAUGAAGCUUUACUGUAUUUUUGUUAAGCUACUUUGUGUUAAGCUGCUUUCUGAGUCAGUGAAGCUUUACUCUAUUUUUCGGAAGAAAAUGUCCCCUCUCUUGUGUCACAUACAAAGAUCCAAAAGAUACAUACCCAAAAUUAACACCAAACCAAACUAAAUGAAAGGCCAAAUAUACUUCAAGUACUACUCGCAUAAGGUUAGUUAAACCUUACUAUAAAGCUCUACUGGUUUGGGGGUUGGCCCUGGCAUAGGAGGUGGACUAGGAUGCUCCUUCAAGCCAGUCAGUCAACUUCAGUGUUGUUUGGCGUCUUUUUCAUGCUGAGAUAUUUCUAGUGCCUAUUUUAUGUGUUAUUUGGUAGUAAUUUGGGGUCUCAUUAUGGUAUAUAUGAUUGUUUGUUCUUUGUUUUUAUCAUAAUUAUGGUAGUAUUGGAAAUCCUUGAUUUUAGCUAGAUUUAUAUAUAUUUGGCAAUGACAGGUGAGGUAUAGUGAGAUUUUAAGGCUAUUAAUAUCUCAUACAUUGCUAGCUCUAUAGGAUAAUGUAGGCAAUGACAAGGGCUGAUCUCAAGGAGUGGGGUUAUAAGCUAAUAGAAAAUAAAUAGGAUUUAUUGAUCAUGAUAUUUGUGUUUGUUGUCUUAUAUUGGUUAUGCUCUAAUAUAAUUUAUGAUAUGGAAUAUUGCUAGAUUUGAAAUAUGGCCUCUGAGAUCACACAUAUUGAUGAUGCAUGUUUAUGGGGACCAACUGUAGAGAAUAUUUUCAUUGAUAUCAUGGUUGAUGAAGUGAAAAAGGAAAUAUGGCAAGUGGUCAAUUUGGCUAAAAAACAUGGGCGAAAAUUCUUGAGGAGUUGCAAAGUAAAAGUAAGCAGAAAUACUUAAUUAAACAAAUUAAGCAAAAGUUCAAUAGGUUCCGCACUAAGUAUCGCGAGUUUGUUGAGCUGUUGAAGCAAACUAGAUUUGGAUGGGAACGUGAAACCAAUACUAUGGUUGCUUUAGAGGAAAUAUGGCAAAUUAUCUAAGGGCACACCCAAAGGCAACACAAUAUCGCAAAAAAGGAUGUGAUUAUUUUGUAUUAUUGGAACUAAUUUUUAGUAAGUCAACUGCCACUGGUCAGUUCCAUUGUCUUGCUGCUUCAGGUCCACCUAACACUGAUGAUGAAAGGGAAAUGGAGAAUGAAUUUGAUCGCACAGACGCACAUGAUAUUGAUGAGAAUGAUUCUACUAGUUGCUCUCAGCUUGUUGAUGAUGUUUUUAAACGUUCAACAAAAAAUUCAACAACUACAAGUAUAGAGCGAAGAGUUAAGAGACAAAGGUCACAACAAAUGAGUGAUGCAAUUGUCGCAUGGACUGAGAUAGCUAAAGUAAGAGUUGAGACUACUUUAGCUAAAGCUGAAAAAUACAAGAGUACAGCUGAAGGAGGAGGAAGCCAAAAUGAUGAGUUUUCUGUCACAAAAUGUAUGCAGAUCCUUGAAGGAAUGGAAGAAGUCAGUGAUGAUGCCUACAUGAAAGUUAUUGAGAAAUUUAAGGAUCCAGAUUGGAGAGAGAUUUUUAUUAAUAUGUUUGCUAUUAGAAAGAGAGCUUGGUUAGAUAGGCUCUGACUAUACUGUGAUAUGUUUGACUAUACUAUGAUAUGUUUGAUUGUGUAGGCUUUGAGUUUUAUAAAAUGUGUGCUUGACAUUACUAUAGUAUGUUAUGUUAAGAUAAUCUAGUGGAGACUUUGUUAUUAGUUUCGAAUAUAUAUUAUUUUUUUUCUAAGUUAAUUAUGCAUGUCAAAUAAUUUGCAGGAUUAAGAAUAAUCAAAUGGAUGAUUCUAGUUCAUCUUAUGCAAAUAGCGAUUUUGAUGAUUUUUCAGAUUUUUUGAUGCUAAACUUUUUAAGUGAUUACAAUGAAAAGUUUAUUGAGAAAUUCCCUCAAAGAACAUCAGCUUUAUGUGGAAAAGAUUUUGUGAGAGAGUUAUUAGGUGGUCGUGAGAGAACAUGCUAUGAACUGUUGCAAAUGGAUAAAAAUGUAUUCAUUGAGCUUUGUACUUGUUUAAAACAAAAGGAAUACAUUAAGGAUACAUGGGAGAUUAAAGUUGAAGAAGCAGUUGCCAUUUUCCUUAUAAUUAUUGGUCAAAAUGUGGGAAUGAGACUUAUUGCUGACCGAUUCCAACAUUUGCUUGAAAUUAUUGAUAGACACUUCCAUUUAACAUUAAAAGUAAUAUGUAAAUUAGGACAAUAUAUCAUUCGACCAACUCAAUCUUCGUUACCUUCUCAUAUUGUCAACUCCUCAAAAUACUACCCAUGGUUUCAGAAUUGCAUUGGUGCCAUUGAUGGAACACAUGUGAGUGCAUGUGUCCCUACAGAUAAGCAAGUCAGUUACAGAGUUCGAAAAAAUAUGGUAAUACAAAAUGUCUUGUGUUCUUGUAACUUUGAAAUGUUCUUUACUUUUGUAUCUGCUCGUUGGGAGGGCACCACAAAUGAUUCCAGGGUGUUUAUAGAUGCAAUUACGAAACCUAAAUAUAUGUUUUCAUUGCCUAAAGAAGGUGAAUACAAUGUUUUGGAUUAUGGGUUUCCAUGCACUAAAGGUUUUCUCCCACCAUAUCGUGGUGAAAGACACCAUUUGCGUACAAUAGUGGAAGUAAUCGUCGAAACGGUAUGAAAGAACUAUUCAAUUAUAGGCAUUCUUCACUUAGGAAUGUCAUUGAAUGGUGCUUUGGUACACUGAAAGCACGUUUUCCUAUAUUGAAGAUGAUGCCACCUUACAAAUUGAGUAGACAACCUUUGAUAGUUAUUGCUUGCUGCACUCUUCAAAAUUGUAUUCAUCAACGCACACAAUAUGAUCAUAUUUUUAGAGAAUGGGAAGAAAAAGAACUUGAGGGUGAAGACAACAUAGAGGAAGCUAACACUAGUGUGUCAAAAUGUGAAGUCAAUUUAACUAAUGAAUCUGCUGUAGCAAUGGCAAGAUGUCGAGAUCGUAUUGCUCAAGCUAUGUGGACAACUUAUAAUAAUAGAAAUUAAUCAACUAUAUUUUAUUAUUAGAAAAUAAUGGUGAUUUUCUAUCUACUUCAGAUUAAAUAUUUUAUUUAAAAUUUA